AUGACCAAAAAAAACGAGCCCAUUGCAUUCUCUUCAAAAAUCAUUGAUUCGUUAAAAUCCUAUACGUUGCGUCAUCUGGAAAAUGAAACUAAUACCAAAAUUUUUAUCGAUUACGAAAGUUUAAAUAUUACUAUCCGACCCAAAAACUCUAAAUCGGAUAUUGGUACAGCUAGAUAUCAAAUUGAAGAGAUGCUCAAAAUUUAUUAUCGUCGUAAAUAUGAAAAUUCGAUUGCUCUGAGACGUGAGAAAAAUCGUGAGCAGAGGGAGAUUAGGCAGUUGAUUGACCGGAGUAUUGAAAAUUAUAAAGAUAUUAUAUAUUAG